AUUGUUUGUAUUACGGAUUUGCCAGCAACGAGCUGCAAAGGAGGGUCUGAAAUACAAAGGCUAAAAUGCCCUCCGAACGCGCUGCUCAAAGGAAUAAAAACACACGUUAUACGACCGCGAUACCGCACCCGCCUCUUGACAGGUCUAUCCAUGGUAGUGUUAACAACAUGCUUGCUACUGUACAGUACUUCCAUCUUGCAACGGCCCGGUUCACCAGACCAUGGCUUCACCCGGCAAAAACACCGCAGCUGGGACGAUGCUUCCGCAAAAUAUGACUGGGUCAAGCCACACCAGGAUCCCCUUAUUCCUCAGAGUAUUUGGCAGAUUAUACUCCCGAGAGUCUGGGGUAAGAAGAAUCAGGUAAAGCCAGACACUUUGAAGGAGACGGCUACCUGGCUGGCCAUGAACCCAGACUACACAUAUACUCUAGUUGGUCCUGAUGGCGGGAAAGACUUUGUCAACCGCUACUUUGGCCAUGACGAGGCCAUCGUCUCAACCUUCAACUCCUUGCCUAAUGUUGGCAUGAGAUCCGAUCUACUUCGAUACUUGCUUCUCUAUAUUGAAGGUGGUGUCUAUACAGACACAGACACUGUCGCGUUAAAGCCCAUUGACGACUGGGUACCGAGACCGUUCCGCAACCAUACCCGGCUGGUCGUCGGUAUUGAGUUCGACCAACGUGAUGGAGGCAGAUGGGCCGACAUCGCUCAUACAGUCCAGUUCUGCCAAUGGACCAUAGCCGCCGCCCCUGGUCACCCUGUCUUCCCAAUGAUGAUAUCCCGGGUUGUUCAGUCUUGGGAUGAUCUGAAGCAAAAGCACAACAUCUCCAGCGAAAGCCCGUCUUGGAGACCGACGAGUUUUGAGGUUAUGAAUUCCACCGGCCCAGCAGCAUGGACGGAUGUGGUUUGGGAAUAUUUGCAAGAGACGGACAAGGGUUUAACAGACAUGAGGGACCUUUCAUCUCUAGGUACUCCGACGUUAUUCCGCGACACACUCAUUCUGCCGAUCGAUGGGUUCGGGAUGGGGCAGCCACACUCAGGCAGUACCAAUGACGGAAGCAUUCCUGAUGAGGCAUUUACAAGACACCUGUUCCGGGGUUCAUGGAGGGAAAACCAGCGUUAG